GAAACUAACUGAUGACAGAUGAGGAUCACCACCAAUAUACCGCAUCGAGUAUAACCCUUGCAGGAAGCGGGGUAUGACUAACAGUGUGUGUUCUUCACCCCGCCUAAUCGGCUUUUGACAGUCGAUUCCAACAGCCGUCUCAACUCUGCAGGUGCAUGCCAUGUGCAAUUCUUUUGCGGGUAUUGACUUAGCCUGCAGAUACGAUGAUGUCGAUGGCUGUUUCCCUCUUUUGCCAUGAUAUAUAGACAAUAGACAAGCCUGUUGAAAAUGAAUCUGUGGCUCCUUACCCUGUGGGUCACCCUGGUCAAGGCCUGGGUGGUCAACGAAGGGACAACGUGCAAGUUGUACCCCGAAUCUCUCGUCUACCACGGACAACCCGUGGACGACUCCCCAUCCAUCCAGCAAGCCUUUGACAUGUGCGGUACAAACGGCACAGUCAUCUUCACCGACAAUGUCUUCCACGUCAACACCGUCCUCAACACCACCAACCUGCUCAACUGCGAUGUUCGUCUGCGCGGCGAACUGCGCUUCUCCACCAACAUCCCCUACUGGCGAACGCACGCGUAUAGCGUCGUCCUGCAGGACCAAGUAACCGCGUGGCUCUUUGGUGGCACCAACGUGAGCUUCUACGGUGAGGGUGGUUUCUACAACGGCAACGGCCAGGAAUGGUACAACGCCAACAAGAACGAGUCCAACCAAGUCGGUCGCCCGAUGAGCAUUACCUUUUACAACUCGACCAACCUCCUCGUCGACAGACUGCGUAUCAUCCAGCCGCAGUUCUGGGCGACCUUCGUCUGGGCGAGUAAGAAUGUCUCGAUGACGAACCUCUUCGUCAACGCCACGAGUAACAGCAAAUGGGGCACCAUGAACACAGACGGAUACGACUCCUGGCAGAGCGACAAUCUGCUCGUGGAGAACGCCACCAUCAUCACCGGCGAUGACUGCAUCGCCGCCAAGGGCAACACGACCAACCUGCUCGCGAGGAACAUCUACUGCGAAGGCGGGACGGGCAUCACCAUCGGCUCGAUCGGCCAGUACCCCGAAACACCAGACUACAACCUCAACACGACCUUUGAGAACGUGCGCAUCAAAAACGCCAUGGACGGCGCUUAUAUCAAAACCUGGCAGGGCACGCGCAUCUUCACCCCCAGCAACGGCGACUGGGGCGGCGGCGGCACCGGCCUAGUCAAGAACGUCACCUUCCGUAACUUUGAGAUGGAGAACGUCGGCCUGCCCAUCCAGCUCUCGCAGUGCGUGUACUCGGCCAACUCGAACAAGGGCUGCAACACCUCCACCCUGCAGGUGGAAGACGUGACGUGGGAGAAUAUCCACGGCACCUCGCGGUUCAACAUUGCCUCCUCGCUGUACUGUUCGGAUGAGCGUCCGUGCCCGAAUAUCAAGUUCAAGGAUGUGAACAUCACCAGCGUGAAUGCUACUCUGGGACUGCCAUACUAUGGCACUGAUAUCCAGCAUGAGCUGUUCCAGUGUACGAAUGUGCUGGGGCUGAAUACGUCUGGCAUUCCAUGCAACCAGGCUGCGCCCAGCAAUUUUAGUCAGUGGAUUUACGGGAAUGUUGACAAGUCGGGUUUGGCGACGUUGACUUGAUCUGAUAUAUUGACUGGAUAUGUAUCUAACACACGAUCACCAUUAGUUACUAAAGUUAUAAGUAUACUUAAUUUAGAUAUGUCUUUAUCUUGUGA